AUGUCGCAAUAUCCAUUAAAUGAAUUGAAGCGAAGACUACAAGAUGAUGAAACACCAUUGCCAAAAAGAUUUAAAUUGGCAAGAAAUGUGGUACAAUCCCAGCAUUUUCCUAUAGCACCAAAAGAAAGAGUCAUAGCCGAUUGGCUUGACGAAUUAAUAAAAACUAAUAAACUCAAAAGCAAGGACUUGUGUGAAGUUUUGAACUGGCUGAAUAAUGUGGAUGAUUUCACGUGCGAAUUUAAAAGUAAACUUAUAAAGGUGGUGUCUCAAUAUAUCCACAGCAAUAUAUUGGAAAAUAAUGAUGUAGAAAAUAUUACAGCAUUCAUGGAUAACACAAAAAUGUCGUCCCAACUAAGUCUACACAUUGAAGAUUUCUUAUUAAUAGCUACAACAUUACUACAAAAACUACAUAAUGAAGAAAAUUAUGCUAUGGUUGAUAGUAUUUUGAAUAAUAUCGUGAAAUAUUAUAAGGAAUCCAAAAAGAAGUUGCAGUUCAUUAUCAAAUUUUUAGAAGGAGAAAAUUUGGAGACGAUUUUUUGUUUCCUUCACACAAAAUCUCACUCUUCCACGAUAAAUUUAUGCGAAAAUAUAUUGUUCCCGUUGAGUAAAAAGCAGAUUUUCUCAAGUUUCCUAACAAAUUUGAUCAGAAAGGAGACUAUUGAUGACUUAAUAGCUGAAAAGGGUGAUAAUAUACAGAUUGUAUUGAAAAUCAUGAGUUCAUUUUUCACAUUCCCAAAAGGAAGGACUGAUAAGGAUCCCAAAUUCUUAUCUGAUUUCAUUUACGUUUUUACGAGUUGCUUCAGAAGUGAGAGUCAAAUAUGCUUUAUUUUCUACGUUAUGGCUACAAACGCGUUUAAUAUGAGUCAGAAUUAUAUGCUACCAGCUAUGCGUAUGCCGCCAAUUCAAUUUGAUAACGACGAAAAAGUAAAGAGAGGUUUAUUCCUAAAAAUGCUUGAAGCUCUUCAUUCACAAGAGAUCAGUUUAUCUGUUCGUUUCACUGACACACUCGGUGAAAGAAUGACUAAUAUUGAUAUAAAGAAAAAUUUCGCGUCAUUCCUACAAGCUGUUAUGUUAGGACAGAUAAAAUUGGAAGGUAAACUCGAUAAAGUUACCUUACAGAUAUUAGAAGUGGCUUUAAAACUUGAUCCGUCGAUAGUAGAACAGAAAAUUGAAUUAAUUUUACCAUAUAUAAUGACGUCAAAGAAAAAGAAAUCUGACAUCUUAGAACAAUACAUAUCCAUGAUGAAUUAUUUCAUAGAAACCUUAUUUAAACUCAGUCGUGGCGCUGACUUUAUUAAUAAAAUAAUACCACACAUAAAAUUGAGUUUAGAAGCCAACAAUGUCGAGCAAUUUGAGUUGAAACAGAAAUUAAAAGAAGCUUUGAAAAACGGUGACAGUUGUGACAAAAUUGAAUCCGCCAUUUUGACGGGUAAUGACAUUUUGCCGCCAGAUUGUAUAGAAUUGUAUGGAAAAUUGAGUUCAGAACUAAUGUUUAGACAAAACAAAGUAUUAUUGGUGUCAUUACAAAAAGACUUCGAGGAAAACUGUCUUAUGAUGCUUGAAGAGGGUUUCGUUAGCCCAUCUAUAAUAACACUAUCAGAAGUUCUAUCCGCCAUUUUGUCGAGCUUCUUUAGGCACAACAAAAUGGCCGACCACACCGUCCCACUUCCUAUAGCUGAAGAGUUCUGGUCGACUUUCCAAGACUUUGAAAAGCAAUGCUUGAAUAAAUUUGGUGAAUGUGUAUUGAAGUUGAACUAUAAUCCACCAUUAGUGAUGGCCUUUCUACAGUUAUGCCUAAACUUCUCACAAUUAAAACUACUAAAUGUUAAAUAUGGCAACACUAAGUUGAAUUUAACAGAUAACAUAUUAAUACCAUUCUUAAAAACACAGAAGUGGUUAAACUUUAUACCUAGAAUUCAAGAAACGGAUAUUAUUUUAGUAUGGGAUCACUUGCAACUCAUACAAACAAUGGCUAUGGAGAUAUUGAAUACAAAUGCAGAGGAAAUCUCAGAAACGAAAACGAAUAUAUUGAAAAAUAUAUCAAACUACCCUCAAAUUGUGACAUACGAUAAUUAUUUCACGAACACAUUAUACAGAAAUCUGAAUAAAAAACAAAAUAAGAUACUUACAAAGGCGAUAUUCAAAAGUUACUCCACAAAUAAUAAUACUGAGAUAUUCAAGACACAUGCUGUUAGCAAUAAUAGAGAAUUAUUACAAAGUAUUCUGUUGAAAGUAGCAAAAAAUAUAAUAGAUUGUAUAGAAAAUAUUGAAGUUUUAUCUGAAGCAUUGAACAAAUCUUCAUUUGAAGUUACUUCAUUUGUGAAAGGGAUAAAUAUUAUGGAUUUAUUUCAAAACGGUAAAAUACUAAAUGAAGAUGAAUUAUCAAAUAAUAUAGAUAUAUUAAGACUAUUGCAGAUACGUAAUUUGAAGGAAAAUUACCAAUUGACCGCCAUUUUGGUUUUGUUGCUAGCAAAACAUUAUUGCCAACAUAAAAAAAUUAAAAGGAACAUAGACAAUCUAUUACAGAGUAUAUAUGAAUUAAGUCCGAAAUAUCCGGAUAUUUAUAAAAUAUUCCCAGAAAAUGUUAUUUUCGAUUUCAAUAAUAAUAUAAUUCUGGACCUACUGAGAUUGAAUAUUAAAACUACGAAGAAUACUUUGAUUGUAAAGAAUAUUAUUGAAAUAGCUGUGAAAAAGGUCAAAACUGAUCCGGAUGUAAUAAAAAAUAUAGUAGAGAUACUAUUAAGAAAUCAUAAAACCAACGAAAUAAGUAAUUUAGUUAAUUUCGAUAAUCCUGUGUUCGAAGUAACUUGUUUGGCUCUACCAGUUAUAGCUAAGGAGAAGAAAAAUAUUACAACAAGCGCGUAUCGAUCGAUUUUGGCCGAUUUACAGGAAAAAUUAAAUACCGCCAUGUUGGAUUCGUUCAGAAAUUUAAAUUUUAAAGAUGAUGAAAAUGAAAUGAGUCUGAAUUCAAUGGGAGCAUACUCGCUAACUUUAUUAAAGUUAUGUGAAAGUAUUAACAAUGAUGAGAAGGAUUUGAAUUGUAUUUUGAAUGGACUGGAAUACUAUGUUGAUAAAGCGAUUAAUUCAUUACAAGAACCGUCAUCUAUCACCGAACACGUUGAGAACUCAAUCAACCUUAUAAAUAUUACUUUGAGGUAUCUCGGAAGACUGACAUUUAUGAUGCAUAAAACCUCAAACAAGUCAAACCUUAUUGCUGAUGCAAAUAAAUUUUUCCGUAGACUAUGGAUUGCGAUAACUUGUAGAUUGUCUAUGGUUUUUGACAAGCGGCAAAAGAGGAGAAUAAGUAAUAGCUGUGUUGAUGAAAUCGCUGUUAUGUUAAAGUUUCUUGCUGAAUUGUCAUCUGUUAAAUGCUUCUGUAAGCAUUUUGUUGGUGAUUUAUCAAAGUUAGCAUUACUUAAGAAUCCAUUGUUUAUACUUAAAAAUGAAGAAAUCACGAACAAUCAACUCACAGCCAGAAAAGUGUCCAAAUAUCUGUGGCAAAACUGUCUUAAAGCAAACAUCAUAGAGGCUAAAUGUGUUGCCAUGACAAAAAUUAUAUAUAGAUCUACAAAAAAUAUUAAACAUUGGAUAUGGCAACACUAUGAUAAUGUACAGAAUGGUCCAAACGAGGCUGUGGUUGAUGAUAGUAUAUGUGAAUUGUUGAGGAACGAUCUUGAUAUACUCUGUGAUGUUAUUUUGGCUGCCAAAAAGAUAAAUCUCGACUACAAAUUCCUGGAUUCCAUAUUUGAGUUGGCUCAUCUCUACCAAUACUUGCUCGGAUCAAACACUACCAAUACUAAAUGUGUAAUAUCGUGGAACUCUUUUGUCAUAUUGUUUGAAGGAUGUACUAUACUAUUGAACAAUCUGCUUUUAUCUAGAGAAGAAAUGUUGGAGGAUAGAUGGCCGUGUUACAUGCAGUGUUAUAAAACAUUAAUACUGUGUCUUUGUGAGAGAGCUAAAAGCGAGGAUGACACAGACAUAUCCAUAGAACUAAAGCUAGCUGAAAUGGCUCAUAGCGUUGAGAAAUUGACCCAAUCUAUAUGCAAACGAAAAACUCAUGUUUCAAGAAUAUCGGCGUACGCUGUAGCUGACAUUUGCACUUGGAUGGAGAGUAAUUUCCCGCCAAAAGUUAUGCGCCAACGUUUAGAAAAUACAGUUGCCAUGUUAAUACAAGUCUCUGAUUCAACUUACGCUAUGUCAUUCUUAAAACGGGCGCUAGCUGGUUCUGCGUCUGGAGUGACAGUAUCGGACGCAUGCAAGACCACGUACGAAGAAAUCAAAAAGGAUAAGAAGCAUAGAUACGUGGUGUUCUACAUCAGGGAUGAGAAACAGAUAGAUGUUGAGACGGUCGGCGGGAGGAACGCGGAGUACGAACAGUUCCUGGAGGACUUGCAGAAGGGGGGCACCGGGGAGUGUAGAUAUGGUCUCUUUGAUUUUGAGUACACGCAUCAAUGUCAAGGUACAUCGGAGGCCAGUAAGAAGCAGAAACUGUUCUUGAUGUCGUGGUGCCCCGAUACAGCCAAGGUUAAGAAGAAGAUGUUGUACUCUAGCUCAUUCGACGCUUUAAAGAAGUCGCUAGUCGGUGUGCAGAAGUACAUCCAGGCGACCGAUCUGUCUGAAGCAUCACAGGAGGCCGUCGAGGAGAAGCUGCGCGCCACAGACCGACAGUAG